GAGACACAACCAUGGCACCUACAGUCACUGCAGCAAUGAACUAUUCCAACGAGCACCUUACUCUGGCUAACAAGCUGAGAAAGCCAAUGGUUGAAAAGAUGCGCAGAGAUCGAAUCAACAGCAGCAUCGAGCAGCUUAAGUCUCUCCUGGGCUCAGAGUUCCGUGGCCAGAAUUCCAACUCCAAGCAGGAGAAAGCCGACAUCCUGGAGAUGACCGUUUGCUUCCUGAGACGGCAGCACCAGCACCAGUCAGCGAACAGCACAUCCUGCUCUUCAGCUGUCAGUGAGGGCUACUCCAGGUGUGCGCAAGAGAUUGUCAGCUUCCUGUCUCGCUGUGAAGUGAAGACACCGUCCCAGAGAAGUCUGCUGAGCCAUUUCCAGAACCCUCAGCCAUCCAAUGACAAGAGCAAGAUUCAGUUUGCAGUGCCUCAGCUGAGCUCUCCAGCACACAACACCAGCAGCAAAGAGGAGAUUCCAGCCAGCAGCGCCCUCUGGAGGCCCUGGUAGAGUCCUGCAGACUGUGUCACAAUUGUCAGACCAACAGAAUUGAACAUGUCUGUCGUAGAUGGGCAUGGACAGCGAUUCUCAGGAUGUAGGAAGUGUUCUUCCUCUUCUGCAUUUGCAGGAGGUUUAUUACUCUGCUUUCAUUAAGAGAAAGCCCAGGAAAGACUGAAUGACUCAUUUAAUAUUCGCCAAAUAUUGGAAAAUCUUAACUAUUUCUUGUUAAAUAAGAAAUGUUAGUUUAAUGGAAGACUUCCAUAUUUUUAUUGUUAUUGAAAAAUGACCGAACAAUGUUUUGUCUUCUGUUGAGACUCCAUAUGUGAAUGAAAUGAACGCUUAUCCAAACUGGAUAUCAUCUUAAAGUGUUAAUGUUGAUUGUAUCUGGAAAAAAUGCUUCUGUGAAGGCAAUUAUAUAGGCCAUUUUGUAUGUAACCUAUAUGUUUACAUUUUGUUGUAUGUGAAAAAAGAACUUCAGUGAAGGCAAGAUUUGAUGUUUUCGCAUAAGAAAUUUUUAUGCAAAAUAAUUCCACAUUUGGAACUGGAGUACUGGCAUAAAUGCCUGUUAAGAUUCCCAUUAAGGAAGUUUUCUGCUUUUUUUUUUUUUUUAGGAUUUAAAAAUUGUGCUUAAAAUGAAUACUCAUUACUGAGUGAGACUUGUUAAAGUGUUGAAACUUUACACCCACUUUUGUCUUUUACAAAGAUUCUUAUAAAAUGUAAAGCUCCACUGUGAGCUGUCUUGUGUUUUGAAGAGGUCUUCAAACAAUGAUAUGUUUCACUCUAAGAGUGAUUUCCAUAAAUGAAUAAAUUAAGAGAAAAUCUA